AUAGAAAUAGACCAUGUAGAACAUAUGUUGAUUCUUAUCAAGUUGGUGGGCAGGCAAUCUUUUCUACUCCAUAUAUUGCAUUUAUAUCUGUAAUGAUUAACCCUAAUGGUCUCAGAUCAGCAGUAGAAAGAAGUAGGCCUAAUUAUUUUAGGUUUUACAAUGCUCCUGGGAAAUGGGUAGGCCUCCACCUAUAGUCCUUCACAGUUUUACAGCUGUGAUAUAUUUAUUUAUUUACAUAGAUCACAUACAUAAAUAAAUAUGUUAGCUGUAGGCAGCGUUGAGAUAAAAUUCCCAUAUUCUAUUGCUACUAACAUAAAUCCUACUAUAUCAUGUUUUCCUCAUUUGCUCUGUAGGAGGUUCGUCAUAUGAAGGACAUUCAAGUGGAUGUGACCCCUAACCUGCAAUAGGGGCUUAGUGAGGUGACAGACAUCCUGUAAUGGAUCUCCAGCUAGUGUCUGAGGACCUGGAGAAGGCUGUGUCUACAGCUGUGGGGCAGGACAAGCAUGGGACAGACUUCCUGAACGACUCUGAUGUCAGAGCUCCCAUCAGCCCUCUACACCUCGCUGCGUACCACAGUCCCCACUAUGCUAUGGAGGUCCUGGUUCAGUCUCUGCUGGAUCUAGACGUGAGGGACAGCCAGGGGCGCACCCCUCUGGACCUGGCUGCCUUAAAAAGCAUGUGGAGUGUGUUGACGUCCUCAUCAACCAGGAAGCCUCCAUCCUGGUUAAAGACUUCACUCUGAAGAGGACCCCCAUCCACGCUGCAGCCUGGUUAUUACCAGUUUGUAAUAUGACCUGUUGUCGGUGCUGAGCGGACACACAGACUGUGUGUACUCACUGUUCAACAAGGGAGCCAGCGUAGAAGCCAAAGACAAAUGGCACAGAACAGCUCUACACAGAAGGGUUGUGAGGAGAGUUGGCUGUACGCGCUCACACA